AUGGUGUGUAUCUACAACGAGGUGCAGCAUUUAGAGAAUAUUGUAACGGUACUCCGUCAUUCGUCAGGAAAAGAACUUGCAAACCCCAAGAAAUGGCUGAUCGGGACAUUAUUUUCGACACCUUCUUCCAACGCAUCAGUCUCCUUCAUUCAUCAACAAAGCAAUUGCCGUCUUGAUAGCACCAUUACGUCACACUCGCCUACGUACUUCACCAGCGUUCACAUCCGCGUUGCCUCGCACAGGCUUUGGCACUUGUAUUUGGCAUUCGUUAUCGACCGCGGCCUCUCCGACAAUCGGACACAUCCUCCCAAUGCCCAUUGCGUUCUCCAGUCGUGGAACACGUCGUCGCCCACAGCAAUGCUGGUGCCCUUGCCCUUCUCCCACGCCAUCGCAACCUUGUCGUUAUCGUCCCUGUUGACCACACCAUCGCCCUCGCAGUGUCCCUCGCAGUGUCCCUCGCAGUGUCCCUCGCAGUGUCCCUCGCAGUCGCCCUCGCAGUGUCCCUCGCGUGUCCUCGCAGUGUUCGCAGUGCCUGCAGUGUCCCUCGCGUGUCCCUCGCAGUCGCCUCGCGUGUCCCUCGCAAGUGCCCUCGCAGCCCGCCGCCGCUGCAGUGGUCCUCGCAGUGUCCCUCGCCAGUGUCCCUCGCAGUCGCCCUUCGCAGUGUCCCUCGCAGUGUCCGCUGCGCAGUGUCCCUCGCGCGCCAGGUCCCUCGCAGUUGGUCCCUCCCAGGUCCCCUCUGCAGUCGUCCCUCGCAGUGUCCCUCUUCGCCUCCAGUGUCCCUCGCAGUGUCGCCUCGAGCCGCCUCGCAGUGUCCUCGCAGUGUCCCUCGCAGUGUCCCCUCGCAAGCGCCCCAGCAGUGUCCCUCGCAGUGUCCCUCGCAGUCGCCUCGCAGCGCCUCUCGUCCCUAGUGUCCUCGCUCGCCCACGGCAGUGUCCCUCGCAGUGUCCCUCGCAGUCGCCCUCGCAGCGUCUUCGCAGUGUCCCUCGCAGUGUCCCUCGCAAGCGUCCUCGCAGUUCGCCUCGCAGUGUCCCCUCGCAGUGUCCUCGCAGUCCGCCCUCGUCAGUGUCCCUCGCAGUUGUCCCUCGCAGUGCUCGCAGCGUCCUCGCAGUGUCCCUCGCAGUCCGCCCUGCGUCGGCAGUGUCCCUCGCAGUGCCUCGCCAUCUGCAGUGUCCCUCGCAGUCGCCCUCGCAGUGUCCUCGCAGUGUCCCUCGCAGUGUCCCUCGCAGUGCCGCCGAAGGUCUGGUCCCUCGCAGGGCCCUCGCAGUGUCCCUCGCGUGCCAAGUCUCGCAGUGUCCCUUUCGGCAGUCGCCCUCGCAGUGUCCCUCGCAAGUGUCUGCCCCUGUCCUCGCAGUCCGCCCUCGCAGGUGUCCCUCGCCAGAUCCCGCGUGUCCCGCUCCUCGCAGUGUCCCCUCGCACCGCCUCUCCUCGCAGUCGCAUCCAUCUCGCAGUGAAGAAAAUGAAAAUGAAAUGAUGGUGUGUGCAUCAUACUUCUGCAUAUUCUCCACGUAUUUGCUCUUCACGUACUUGCUCUUCACACAUCUCUUCUCCAUCUUGAAGAGGACAUUGCAUUGCCUCCCUGAAGAGGACUACAAAGGAGAACCAAAGUGGGAAUACCUAAUAUUUAAUCCAUGGUCAACAUGGGUGAUAUUCCGUGCGCAACAAAUACAGGCAAAUACAGAGAGAGAAGAAAAAGAUGCGAGAACAUUUUCAAGAAUCUAAGUAAUUGAUAAAAAAAUUGCAACGACCAUAUUGGAAAUGAUUUGUUGAUCGUAUUUGUUUGUUCUGGCGCAUAUAACUGAACUAUUUAACGUAUAUUAUCAAAAUGUUAAUAUCUUAAUAAUUUCCUAGAAGAUACUGGUAUUUAAAAAUACGGAUGAGACACCACCAUUUCAAAAAUCUUUUUUUUACAGGAAUGUGACGUUACUGGUUUUACGAAAUUAAAUCAUGAAGGACAACUCCAGGACCUCUGGAU